CACACUUCGCUCCGUCCUCCACACACUUCGCUCAAGAGCAGAAACCAACCUGCAGUUUCGGCGGCGCAAAAAUCUUCGGCUUCGAGAUUACCGUGGAAUAUGGAGAGAAAGAAGAGCAUUUAACAGAAAGAGAAUCAAGAGAAGACACAUCAAAUGAUCGAGAAGAAAAAUACUGGAUGAAGAAUACGAAAACAAGAAAGAGUGCCCUACCUGGGCUGCAGGCGCGAACUUGCUCGAUACAGUAUUCGAUCGACGACAGAGGUACAAGAUCGACUUAGGUAAAGGAAAGAAUAGAAUAUUUUUAUAAAAAUGCACCUAAUAUUAAUUUAUUUUUUGAAAAAAAUCAUAAUUUUUACUUUUCUACUUAGAACACCUUACACAGAUUUAUCGAAAAGUAAGGGUGUUACAGAAUUAUAUAUAAGGGUGUUCUAAGUAGAAAAAUAAAAAUUAGAAUUUUUUCAAAAAGUAAAAUAAUAUUGGGUGUCUUUUUAUAAACAUACUAUAUUCUUUCCUUACCUAGGUCAAUCCUGUAAUCCCAUCAGCUAUCUCUCCAAGAUCACGGUCGCCAUCGUCGUCGAUAGGAUACUAUAUCGAGGAAGUUCACGUCAUAGCCCAGAGGGAUAAUAGCGUGGAAAAUCAUAUCAUGGCAUUGCAAAGGUCCAUCAGAAAAUUAAUCAAUGGUCAAAAUCACCUCCUUCCUCGAGGGGCUGCAUUUCUCCAUUCACAUGCAACCAGCUUUGGAUUUACAAAAGUCAGCGAAGAAGAAAAAAGAAAAUUGGUCGGCAAUGUCUUUAGUAGCGUGGCUUCUAAGUAUGAUUUGAUGAAUGAUUUGAUGAGUGUGGGAUUGCACAGAUUGUGGAAAGAUAGAUUGAUUUCAAAGCUAGGUCCUUUUCCUGGGAUGAAGCAUCUUGAUGUAGCUGGUGGCACAGGGGAUAUAGCUUUCUGCGUGUUGGAAAGUAUUAGAGGUGUUAGUCAUAAAGUCAUGCAUGACAGUUUUGUUGAAACAGAAGGACAAACACAAAUCUUUAUAUGUGACAUUAACCCAAAUAUGUUGAAUAUUGGCAAGAAGCGUGCUAUUGAGAGAGGAUAUACAAACAGCAGCUAUCUGCAUUUUGUGGAAGGAGAUGUAGAAGCAUUGAGUUUUGAGGGUGGGUCAAUGGAUGGUUACACGAUUGGAUUUGGUAUUAGAAAUGUAACACACAUUGAGAAAGCUCUUGCAGAAGCCUAUAGGGUACUGAAAAAAGGAGGCAGGUUCUUAUGCCUAGAAUUAAGUCAUUUUGAGUUUCCUAUCUUCAAAGAGCUAUAUGAUUAUCAUUCUUUUUCGAUAAUUCCUGUUAUGGGGGGACUUGUAGCUGGAGACAAAGAGUCUUACCAAUACUUAGUUGAGAGCAUCCGACAGUUUCCGAAACUGGAUGUAUUUGCUCAGAUGAUCGUCGAUGCCGGCUUUCAGUCAGUGGAGUAUGAGAAUCUAGUUGGUGGUGUGGUGGCCAUUCAUUCUGGUUUGAAGUUGUAAACCAUAUAUGACAACAACUUGCGCUUGUUAAUACCAACAUUUUAGUAAGAUUUACUGAUCCAGUUGAAAACAAGUAAACCAUCAAAUAAUAAUACAUUCUUCCA